AUGCAGAGACGUGAGCACAUCGGCCUGAAAGGCAAACUGCCCAUCAUGGAUAUCCACAAGUGGGCCGAGACGAAGAAGCACCUGGAUCUUCUCGGCAAGUACAUUGCAGUUCUCGUCAGAGCGGCCCAGAAGACGGGACAGCCGUUUGAAAACUUCCAUCCGCACGAGAUUUUGGGCUAUUGUCAGUUGCGAUGGGAGGAGCGCCGUCUUCAGAAGUAUCGAGAUGCCGUCGAAAUAUCAUUCGCCUCUGCCAGAUACCAACCUUGCGCGACCCCCUUCGAGGAACUCAACAAGGUCAUGAUCAAAGACUUGCGUUGUGAGAUCCGAAGCUUGGACUCGUACAUUCUCGUCAGGAAGUUCAGCGAGACAAAUCGUCGUGUCGAAAUGUCUGCACGGCUGAUGAUUGUCCAAGACGAAGACGGCAACCUAGUCGUCCUGGAAAUCCCGCCUGAGGCUUUUGAUGCCCAUAGCGCUAGACUCGAAAAGGAGAUGAUGCUACUUGUGAAGCAGCCCUCCCUGAGGUACAUCGAGCACGGGGUGUACCAGAUCAAGGUUGAUCACGUUUCCGAUAUCGCUUUUAUCGCGGCAUGCGACGAAAUGGUACCUUUGCGUUGGAGGCAGGGGGGCAUCCAGAAUAUCUCCGAAUGGAGCGCCGAUCAAUGGCUUGAUAAAGUCAACCAGCAGAGAUUGGUGGACGCGCAUGGCUCUGUAAUUGCAUGGUGCACCGAAGCCCUAAAGGAGCUUUCCAUGCCUGAUUCGGACCUCUCGGACUUCCUAUUCCAUCGAUCGUUCGCACGCUUCCGCAUGAAGCAGCAUCAAGAUGCUCUGGACGAUAUUAACCGAUCCAUUGGUAGCAAGAGCGCCAUUGAAAAUCACCUGCGCAUCAAGACAGCUAUUUUCUAUGGUGCUCAGAUGUACCAAGAUUGCAUCGACACGCUCAAGAAGCUGCUUGAGAUCGUUCCGGGCGAUGUUAACAUCCUGUCUGGGAUCGAACAAACCGAGGCCCGAAUUGCAGAACAAGAACAUGGUGUUUAUGAUUUCAAAGUCAUGCAGGAUAAGGCAAGACCCGGCAUGCCAAUCCCCACGGACCAAUAUGCUUCAUACCAAGGACCAGUGGUCGUCAAGGAGAGCAAUUUGCGUGGUCGAGGCAUGUUCACGACAAAGGCAGUCAAAGCUGGGGAACUCCUUCUCUGCGAAAAGGCUAUUGCGUAUCUGCGCCAGCCCUCCCCUGGUGUGACAAACUUCUAUCCCAGGAUGCCACGCCUCAUUUAUGCAGGCAUAGUCAACCUUCACGAGAGCAUCGUUUAUCACGAAUUCGGUGUCGCGCUUGCGAGAGAAACCAUCGUCAAAAUGGCCCAGUCCGACUCUGUGAGAGCAAAGGUGCUUGAUCUGCACAGCGGCAAUUUCCCAAAGAACAACAUCCCCGAUGACAAGAGCGUGGAUACCUUCCUGAUCAUGCAUAUCGCCGCGCUGAACAGCUUCGGCUCCCCGUACUCCUCCAUAAUAGGCCAUGGAGGCGUCUCACCCGAGGACGGAGCUUCAAGCCUUGCCAACUUAGCAACUUGCCACGGCAUCUGGCAUCUGGCGUCUUUCAUCAACCAUAGCUGUGAGAGCAAUGUGUACCGUUCGUUCAUUGGCGACGUGAUGAUUGUCCGCGCAGCAAGGGAUCUCGACGCCGACACCGAGAUUGGCUUCUGGUACACGAUUCCUGACAGAGUCCACGGCGUGGACACCAGCCACUGGGACUUUGCAUGCAGCUGUGUAAUCUGCACCGACGUGCGCAGCACCGAACCCGGCGUUUUGACAAUGCGCGAAGCCCUGCGAACGCAGCUCGACCUCUUGAUGACAGAGCCAGAUUUGUGGGAUCAGGCUUUGUUGAAUAGGAAGAUGACUGAGCUAUCGGAGACGUACGUGAAGCCUCCCACCGAGGUGCCGCACUAUGCGGUAUGGGAUAAGCAGCUGAGUGCUGCGAGGUUGUUUGUCAAGUGGGACAAUUAUCCGAUGGCCCUUGAGUUCACGCUGUGCAGUCUUGAGUCGCUGGGGUUCGUGAUUGAGGGGUAUGAACCUCGUGGAGAGAAGUUGGUCGUUAGCCGGUGGGGCGUGAUGGUCGUCGACGUUGUCGAGGCGUGGGUCAUGGUUUAUCUGUCUUGCCUUAGGACUCUGCCUGAGCUGGCCCCCUCGGCGUAUCAUUAUGCCAAACUGUGCUUCCUGAUUUGCGUCGGGGAGGAUAGCUCCUUCGAUGAGACUUAUGGAGUCGUGGAGGAAGUAGCUUCUGGCAUGACUGAAAUGUCGUUGACCGAGGUGGACAACGUGGAGAAUUGA